ACGACCGACACAUCAAGAACAUUCAGCAAUCUGGUCUGGAUCUGAGGAGGCUUGGUCCUUUGUACGAUGGCCGAUCACCUUGUCGAAGCAGCGCUCAUCAGCGGCAGACAACCAGACUCGGACGCGGGCCGAGCGGAAGGCCAGGCGAAUGGCACUGCAGCGGCGACGACGACCAACGCAGAUGCCACGGCUACGGCGGCGUCCGCGGGGGCUGAAGUCGACUUCUCGACGAGUCUGACGACGUGGCGCGAGAUCAAUUUGCCGUCGAUUCAGACGUACUUUGAGACGCUCUGCCCGAAGCUUGUUGAAGGCCAGCGCGAGGCCCUCGUCAGCCGCAAGCGCCUCGCGGAGCAGACGCGCGAAUUCAAAAAGGCCAAGCGGGCCGUGCCGGGCGACGCCGACACGGCGGUGGCCAUGGCCAGCGAAGAGGACGAGCAGCGCGAGGCGAAGCUCAAGGCGCUGCUCAAGGCCUACCAGUCCGAGAUUGACGAGCUGACGAAGCGGGCAAAGAGUGCCGAGAAUGCCGUUCUAGGUGUCCGGGACCGGCUGAAGGACGCCUCGGAUCCAUACCCGAUCCUCGAGGCCGUCGUGGAACAAACGGCGACACUCGCAGACCUCGAGACGCUGCGUGGGCAGGUGACGCAGCUCUCGCUCGACAAUGCCUCGUUGCAGACGCAGCUGCCGGCCAUCGAGGCAGAACGGUCUCGGUUGCAGGAGCGCAUCGCCCGGCUCGAGUCGGGGAUGGAGUCGCGCGCGACGGAGCAGCGUGGCGCGAUUGAGGCCGAGCUGAGCGCAAAGUGGGACGAGAGAUGGAGGAACCAGGUGGCGCGGGAAGAGGACCUGACGAGGGCAUUGAACGUGGCUCAGACGCAGCUGCGGGAUCUUAGACAGAGCCAUGCCCGGGCAACGGAGAGACUGCUGGAGCAUGGAGAAGAUGUCGAGAGAGGCGAGACGGGCGGCAGGCUCGAGGAGCUCGACAUGGUCAGCGAGGAGCUGAGAAGGACGACCGAAAGGCUGCAGAGCGUCGAGAGGAGGAAUGAGCAGCUGAGAGAGGAGAUGGAGAAGGUCAAGAGCGGGUCGGCCGACGAAGCCAAGCUGCAAGAGGCUGAGGCGAAGCGGAUCGAGAGCGAGGAGGAGGCGAGGAGGCUAACAAAGCUGUUUGAAGACGAGAGCGUGCGAGCUAAACAAGGCCAAGAAGAGCUCGAGAGGAGAGCGAGAGAGGCAGAGAGGGUGGCCAAGGAGCGGGAACGGGAGAACGAGGGUCUGAGGGAGAAGGUCAGGCAGAUGGCAGACUACGACGAGGUCAAGAGGGAGCUCGAUAUCUUCAAAUAUGUCGAGUUCUCGGCCGGUGCAGAGGAAGAGGACGAUGACGACGUGCUCAGCCGAGGAGGCGGAGAAAACGGCGAUGAUGCGCAGCAGCGAAAGGAAAAGGCCACCGCAAAGCCGCUCGAGGCUUUGUUGAUCGAGAAGAACAAGCAGCUGCAGGACGAGCUGGCGACGAUGCGUGUAUCGCAGGGCGAGCUCAGCAAUGCGUCGGCCUCGACCACGAAGGAGCUCGAAGGCCUGAGAAGCGAGGUAAAGAGGCUUAAGAGUCUCAAUGAACGCCUCGAGGAUGACCUUGUCAACAUGAAACCUGGCGAUGGGAAGUCUAAGAAGACGUCGUCGAUGAGCGCUGAGGAGGCCCUGGCAGAGAUGGAUCGCAUUGGUGGUGAGGCUUCUUCUUCCUCAUCUUCAAGCAAGCAGAGGGAAGUCAAGAACGACCCGAUUCCUUUCGAGACAAAGCCUACACCAGCAGCUUCCUCUAGCACGAAUGCAGGCUCCUCAGACUCGAGCAUUUUACCCAUCAUUACCGGUCAGCGUGACCGAUUCCGCGCGAGAAACGCUGAGCUGGAGGAAGAGCUUCGACGUCAAUUUGAGACAAUUACGGAGCUUCGCAAUGAGGUCAAGACACUCCAGGCGGACAACUUGAGUCUCUAUGAGAAAGUCAGAUAUCUGCAAGCGUACAGCUCGACGUCAAACGACGCAGGGGCCUCAUCUUCUUCGGUACGAAAUCAUUAUCCCGACGCGAGGAUCGUCAAUGUGUCUGCACGAAACGACGUUGGAGCCUACCCGCCCGCAGCACCUGCACCGAGGACGGGGCUAGGCAGGGGUGAGGAAAAGUACCGAGACAAGUACGAAGCCGCCAUGAACCCCUUUGAACGUUUCAGGGGCAAUGAGCAAAAUCGUGCGCUCAACUCGCUCAAUCCACUCGAGCGGGUCCUGCACAUGCUGACAAGAGUCGUGCUUGGCCACCGAAGGAUGAGACUCCUCUUCAUCGCCUACGCCGUCUGCUUGCACAUUCUCGUCUUUGCCAUGCUCUUUGAGCUGGAAUUCAACUUUGGUGGAUCAACCACUACAAUCAGCGCAGACACUGCCUUGGAUCCUGCGGCACACUGAUCCCACUUGUCAAUACAUGUUUAAUUGUGGCAGAUGACAGAGAUAUAGAGAGAGAGCCAUGCCUCCUUUAUCGUGUCUUUUGAGCCUAGUGUGAUGGAUAGAUGACAUAGUAUCUGGUUUCAUGGUCCCUUUGCGCUGGUCUAAUCCAGACCCCCAGUCCCCGUCCUUGCUUCUGGGCCCACACCCGCGUCGGGCGCGGCACUGAUGACGACGC